UAUUGUCUGGGCGUGAAAGUAAAAGGACCCUUACACUUGACGCGAUCUUUUCGGUGGAUGUAUUAGUUGUCAAAGGAUCGAGGCCAUCAAAUGUUUUUACUGAACAAAAAAGAGACAUAACAACUUAUAGUUCAGGACAAUAAGCAAUAUGCAGUCAGUUCCUGAAUUCUACCAAGGCCGUAAUGUCUUCAUGACAGGGGCCACAGGUUUUAUCGGCAAAGUUCUGAUAGAAAAGCUGCUGAGAUCUUGUCCAGAUGUGGGCACCUUGUACAUACUGGUGAGACCUAAGAGAGGGCAAGCUGUACAAGACAGGCUUACGGAAUUGGUCAAAUCAAAGGUUUUUAAUAAGCUUCGGAGUGAGCAGCCUAAUUUCAGUGACAAGCUAUGUGGUAUCAGUGGGGACAUGAUGGAGCCAGAGUUUGGCAUCAGUGCUGAGGACCAGCAGUUGCUGAUAGAUAAUGUCAAUAUUGUUUUUCAUUCAGCAGCCACUGUGCGCUUUGAUGAGGUGCUCAGGGUUGCCCUAGAGAUGAAUACAAUUGCCAUUAAAAAGAUGAUUACAUUAUGCAGAAAAAUUAAAAACCUAGAUGUUUUUCUUCACGUUUCAACAGCAUAUGCUAAUUGUGAUCGCCAUUUCAUAGAAGAAGUUGUAUACCCUCCUCCCUGUGACCCAAAUAAACUGAUUGAAGCAGCAGAGUGGAUGACUGAUGAAAUGCUGAAUAAGAUAACUCCCCAGUUGAUAGGGGAUAAACCCAACACUUACACCUACACCAAACAGUUGGCAGAGCACAUACUGGUAACAGAAGCUAAGGACCUUCCCCUGGCCAUUGUCAGGCCAUCCAUUGUGGGAGCUGCAUGGAGAGAACCAGUUUCUGGCUGGAUAGAUAACUUGAAUGGACCUGGUGGCCUUUAUGUAGCGGCUGGUAAAGGUCUACUGAAAAUCUCCAAAGGCGAUCCCAAUGCUGUUGCUGAUAUCAUCCCGGUGGACCUGUGUGUUAACAUGAUUAUAGCCGCAGCCUGGCACACAGUGGUGCACAAACCAAAGGAGGUCUUAAUUUACCACACUACCAUUGGCAAUGAGAAUCCCGUGACGUGGGGUGAAAUGGAACCACUUGUAAUGAAAUAUUGGAAGUCGUAUCCUCUUGACAACUGCUUUCGCAGACCAAAGACUGUCUUAAUGACCAAAGAUGGCUGGCUCCACAACUACUGGGUGGUGGUCAGCCACUUGAUUCCAGCUUACCUGACUGACCUGGGAUUGAGAUGUAUUGGUCAGAAGCCAAGGAUGGUCCGAAUUUUUGAAAAAGUGCACAAAAUCAUGGGCACACUUGAGUACUUUACACAUCGCCAGUGGGAGUGGACACAUCAUAACAGAGAUGUUCUGCUCAGUAAACUAAGUGCAGAAGACAAGAAGACUUUUUACCUAGAUCCACGUCCUCUCCACUGGCCCUCUUACAUAGAGGGCUACUGUCUGGGUGCUAAGAUGUACACUCUUCAGGAAGAUCUCUCAGGACUACCAGCAGCCAGAGCGCACAUCAGAAAAUUGCGCAACAUCCGAUAUACUUUCAACACGAUAGUAGUUGUGAUCUUAUGGCGACUCCUGGUAGCACGUUCACAAAUUGCAAGAAACCUUUGGUUCUUCAUCAUGGGCCUGGUAUUCAAGUUUGUACAGAACUUCCACAUUACAAGUACCAUACAGCGGUGAUAGUUGCUCUUGCAACAAUAUUGAUUCAUAAUUUGAACAAUCAUGAUGUCUCUCUUACAACUGUUUGGGGACAUGAUAUGUAUGAAUAUAAUAAUCAGAGGUGAUUACUGCAUUGAAUCCAGCGUUUUUCUCAUACAUGUCAAUCAUGUCUUUCCAUUCCAUAUGCAUGUAUAUUUAGUCUACCAGCCUGAUUGUUAUAGUGUCAUAUUAAAUCUCCCAUUUGCAAUAUGUAAGACAGAGGUUUGGCCUAGUUAGUGCAAGUAGCAAAGAGGCGUAAGUGA